AUGUCCUUCGUUCCAAUGGGCCAUGUUGAUUAUGAAGAAGAGGACGAUGGCUGGGGAGUCGUUCAGGGCGAUGUUUUUUAUUUCUUAGUGUAUUUGAAGGGCUUUAUUAAUAUUUGAAGAAAGACUUGCUGAACGCAUUCGACGAGUUGGAUGCCGCUCUUUACGUCCAACCAGAAAAGGAAUUGCCGCCGAUUGAAACGAGUAAUUUUGACAAGAAUACCCCGGCGGAACUUGUCAUUCAUGUGGGUUUUGUAUUGGUGGUAGUUUUUAGUGUUUUCGCAAAAUUUUAGUAGAUAUUACAGAAAAAAAAGACUUUCAAUAUUCCGGAGAGGGUAGAAGAUGAUAUAAUAUAUUUUUAAAACUUUUGAAAUGUUUUUUGAGACGCAUAUUAACAGUCAUAAAUAGACCCUAGAAAAAUUGAUCGAAAUUCUUCGAAAUUUUUAUAAUUUUUCGAAACUUUACUUUUUCGCACUUUUUUAAAAGCUUCAACCGCCAUCGAAUGGCUCAAACGCGUUCAUCGCGUUAAAAAAAGAGUCCGCGGUUUACUUGAUUUUUUUGAUUAUUUUUUUGAUAAAUCUACUUUUUCUAAAAUUCUCAUAGCAGUUCUAAAGGGCAUUUAUUUCGAACCCUGCUGUUUUGGAGCAACUUAAAGUGUUAACCCAUUCCACGUGAGACCAUCACGUUUUCCAAACUGAAUUAUAUUGAUUUUUAAAAUAUCUUCGUAAUACUUCAACAGUUCAGCACGACGAUGACCACGACCACCAUGACGGCCAUCCAAAGCGAAUUUUCAAUCCGGCUCUUCAAGUCCAAAGGAACACCUUCGCCCAAAACGCGUUGCUCAACUUCGCCAGGACGGUCGGCCCCGUCAACAAGGCACAGUUGUCCGCGUUUUGUAAUACAAUUGAUCAUUUUAACAGCUCUGUAUAAUGGGAUGUGGAGAAAUGUCGUUGGAACGCUUUUUGUGCCCCCGGAUGACGGAAAUAUCGGCGAGGAAUGUCUUAUCGGUGGAUAUCGACGAGAGAACCUUGGCCGUCGGGAAUUUCCAAAUUGAAAGUUUGGAAAUCUUCUUUUUAAAUGUUAUUCUAGACAGAUUGAUCAAUGAGAAUCCGGUUACAUUUUACAGGUUUCCUAUGUAGGAAAAUUGCCAUUUUUUUAAAGAAUAACUCCUGAUUACUUAUUUUUUUGGGUUUUCUUUGACUUCAUUGAACUUUGCGUUCAUUCAAAAAAAAACAUUUAACUCCAAGAAAAUAAGUUUCUAUUGCUUACAAGAGAAACUCUAGUGGCCAUUUGAGAUUUUUGUACAAGAGAACACUGAAGUGGUCACUAAAACCAGCUAUAUGGAAUCCAAUAAUAAUGGCUACUAUAGUAGUUUUCAGUGCUCUGUUAUUACCAUUUAGGCUUCCAAAAAACCACUGAAUUUCAGCCUCUUAAGUGGCCACUAAAACGUAAAAACCCUAAAAGCGCUACUAAAAAUUUCGCCAGUAUGUUGACAGUUUUUUGUUCAUUUUUCUUUCAAGCGAUUUUUCUAAAUGUGGUCUUUCUUGCCGUCACUUUAAUAAUUUCGAUCUCUCCUUUCCAACUGAAUUCUCACUUUUUAGCCAUUCCCAAUGCGCCCGCGGUGUCAAGAAUCCGGGCAAAAGGAAUUUUUCAAACCUCCAAAAAAGUUCAGAAUAUUCUAGCUUCCUUCUUUGAAAUUUUUCAUUUUCCCUGAGAUUUGACUUAAAAUUUCCUUCUUUCCCAAUUUCCUCAUCUCUCUUAAUGGGACCAGACAGGUGCAAAAUGCUUCCUAUUUUUGGUUCCAAGUUAUUUUUGCGGCUAAUCAGGACAAGUGCUUUUUUCAGACAGACACUUACCGAGAAUGACUCUUUCAUCAAGAAACAGCUCGGACUUCCGGUCUUGUAUCAAGUCUUUUCAGGUCUUUCAACAAGAUUGCGUCCGGUGAAAAUUAAUAUUUUCCAGGAAAUAUCAUUUAUGAAGACGCCCGUUUUGCUGACGCAGACUGUAUCAUUUCGCUUGAAGUGUAAUGAUUCCUAGUUGAAAGAUUUAUUCGAGUUCGACUUUUAGAAUUGAACACAUGACUCUGGAGGAAGUUCAACGAUUUGUCAGCGUUGUUCUGGGAUUAUUGCGACCGAAAAUGUUCCUUUUAUCUACACCGAAUCAUAGUUAUAACCAGGUUCUUUCUUUUUCGGAUUGAAGAAAAUGGAUAUGGGGAAUUAAUCAGUGGUAUAAAGUUUAGUCGAUUCACGGCUAGCUUGGGACGGUAAGGAGCGUGGCCUGUCUGCGCUCUCCACCAACCACGCACUAUAUCUUUUCUCAUCGUGUCAGGACCCAUUUUUUGAUGGCUCAAGCCAGCCCUGAGUCAGCUAAUGAAACUUCUUUCAACAUCCCUUAUAAAGACUUCAAAGUUUCGCAUUAUUUUAUAUAACAACUCUCAGCUCUUGAUCCUUUAAAAAUCUCAGAUUUUCUAAAAAAAACUAUGACUUGCUUUAAAAUUGAAGGCUUUCCAAGAACGUCCCGGGCGUUUUUCGACACGAUGAUCACAAAUUCGAGUUCACCAUGCAACAAUUUCAUGAAUGGUAACAAUAAAUCAAGAAAAGGUCUUCCAUUCUCAAGAAUUUCAGGAUCAGAGCUGUAAAUGCGGAUUUUCCACAAUAUCGGGUUGAUGGACCUCAUUACGUGGGGAAGUUGAGAGGUGAAAUAUAAAAUAUAAAAGGAAAGACAGUAUGUGAGAAAAAAGUAGUUCUGAAAGAAAAAAGAUACAGAAAAAUCAAGGUUUCAAGUUUUGAAGGUUGAGGUAGGUUGUGAAAGUGGCCUCUUUAGGGUUUUGACGUUUUAAUAGCUAUUACAGUAGUCAAAUUAGUGGCCACUUAAGUGCCAAACAUUUUUUUGUCUCUUUAGAAGUCUAAAUAGUACUACUAGGCCACUAAAACUUGAAGUGUCCUUUCUACGACGAAUCUCUUAAGUAGCCAUUAAAAUUUUUUUACAAGAAACUAUUACUAAACGUUUCACAUGCUCCUUCGUGAAAACUUAAAUUUUGAAAAACUCUAUUUGAAAAUUCAUUUUGUUUCAAUCUUCUCAUUUGUUGGAUUGGCUAACUUUUGAUUGAUUCACAGGUUCUUUUUUUUUUGUUUUUCCUAAAUUUUGAUCCAACCAUUUUUACCUUUUUUUAAAAAUAAACCUUGAUUUAUCUCUAUGAGUCUUUUUUCACACCUUUUUCGACGUCUUUGAUAGAGUUUCAAUUUAUUUUCACUUUUUUUUCGGAAGCUCGCAGUGGAACUAGGAAAACAUUCGGAAACAAUGUACCUCAUUAUGAAUGAAAUCACGAUGGAAUUUUUUCAAGGUUUCGAAAACCUGAGAGGGGCGACGCAGUUCGUCGCCUUCGUGCAGAUUUCUCCGGAGCUCAUCCUGGCUCGUCCCCUGGGAACCUCCUUCAUGAUGGUCUGCAACAAAAAAAGGCGAAACAAAGUGUUCGGAGGGCCGUUUAUCUUCAGGUGCAACAACUGGCCGCUCUAACCGGGUUCCACGGAGUCCAGAAACGCGUCGUCCGGCAGGCCUUCACCGAAUGGCUCGAACACAACGAGCUCCUCGAGGCCGCCUUGAAAAAGGUGGACAUGUGCUCAAUUAGACGUUCCGAAAUUGCUUUAAACAAGGUUGCUCUGUGCAGCGAGCCUCCUAAUGGCUUUUUGAAUGGCCAAUCUUAUUUGUCUCACUGACACAGCUUUGACAAAUGAAUAACUUGACUGGAUUUAUCAUUGAAAUACUUUUCGGGUUUUUUGAAGUGAUAAGGUGAUAGCCGUUCGAAGUGGGAUCAGCAAAGCCGUAUCCAGUUCAUUUUUGAUAUCGGGCUUUUUUUUGAGUACAUCCUUUCGUUUUUGAGAAUUUAUGACAAAAUAGCUUAUUUCAACGGGUUUUAAGGAUUCUUCUUGUUUUAGGUGGACUUCCUCAAAAACUAGAAGAUUUUGCAGGCUGUGACUUUUAGCAUUUGAUCCGGUACAUCAAGGAGCGCUAUGGAAAAUUCUCAAAUACUCUUAAAUUUGUUUUGGUCACACUCAAAAACCCUAAUUCUUUUAUUCACCUAACAAAAAUAAGUAUCAUUCGACUUGGAAAAUGGAGAAAAAAUUUAGAUUUUUCUUUGGGAUUUUGCUACCGUAACCUUGAAAAAGGGCGGAGCCAGUCAAAAUCUAAGAGAAAAUUUUCAGUACUACUUUGAUUAUUCCAAUAUUAUCUCAGAAAACACAAUCUGAAAUUUCGUUUUAUCGUUUUUCAAGCCGUUAAUCAUUAAAUAUUUGAUAUUUAUCUAAAAGUUUUGAGAGAAGGAACCUUCAAAAACCAAGAUGAUCUUCAUGAGUGAUCAUCUAAUGAUCACCGAGAUUGCAGGACAACUCGUCGAGUCACUGGGAGAUCGACGUGGCGAAGAUCCUCCGACACGCGCACGCUCCCAUUUCAUUUGUUGUAAAGAUCGAGCCGCGCGCCGCUGCGUUCGUUUAUUUUUUCUCCUGAAUUUUCAGCUGUUUAUAAGCUCUAAGAACCGCCCAUCGGCUUGCAGGGACACGAUCCGUCUUCUGUGUGGUCUCGACACGAUCCUCAUCGAACCCGUCGCCAAUCCCAACGCCGUCAUAAUCCCUGGCUACUACACCAAACAAAGAUUGCUCGCUACUCUCACCAAUUCCAAAGCUUUCUGA